CAGAGACCAUCACAGGGAUAAAGUUCACAUUCACCGGAGCUGCAUAAUUUACCAGCAAAUGUUUUGUCUCCAUAAAUCGCAGUAUUUAGGAUGGCAAUCGUGACUGACUGCAGAGAUUCUGAGGACACGUUUGAGAAAUUAUCCACCCGAUGGGCGCUGGGGAAACGGAGAGGAGACUGUUUGGGUGUCGCUUGUUGACGAGCUGAUUUAUUUUAAUGCUGGACAAAUAAGGGCGCUGUAAGUUUGACAGUGAGCGUCUGCGUAACAGGCGGUGCCAACGGCCCUCCUAUAGGUUUCUGCUUCCCCACGGUAAUGAUGUAAUAAAGAGCGAAGGCCUAAAGUGGGAGACGGGGGAUGUAAAUCAGCCUAUCGUGUCAGCAGACACAUGGACUGUACUGAUCAUGGACCUACUGUGACACUCUCAGAUCCUGAGGUGAUCAUUUGUCUGCUCUCUCAGCUGCAACUUCAACCCUCUGGUCUGCAUCCACGUCGCUCUCAGGCGGCUCCUGUAGCUGCACACGCACAGAACCUCACACUGACUUUAAGAUGGAGUUUGCCAUGGUGGGUGCGGACGGCGGGUGCAACAGUCACCUGCCCUACGGUUAUGCCCAAGCCCGUGCCCGAGAGAGGGAGCGAGAGCGGGAGCGCCAGGUGGCACACUCCAGAGCCGCGGCGGCGGCUGCGGCGGCUACUGUUGACGGUGGAUUGAGUGCUGAAGGAGGAGCAGGAGGAGGAGGUUGUGGAGGAGGAACCGGUGGAGGAGGAGCAGCGGGGACCGUCUGCUCGUCCACCAACUCUUCCUCGUGCGCUCAUCUCCUUAACAACCGCCAGCAUCAGUGUCGCGCCGCCUCCUCCACCAACAUCAGCGGCGGCGGUGGCGGCGGCGGUACCGCCUUGCGCUCCUCCUCCUCCACCUCUUCCUCCUCCUCCUCUCAGCCUCCACAGCACCAGCAGGAGUGUGAGCAGCAGCACAGAGUUCUCAGAGAGCGCAAAAAGCAGCAGCAACAGCGCGGCGUCGGGCGGUGGAGACGUAACCGGAGCGCGCUCGGCGGAGACCUGCGGCACUCGGAGCUGGCGCUGCUUGGAUCCGAGGAGGACAUCAUGAUAGAGGAAGAGGAGGCCGAGGGAGCGGAGGAAGAAGAGGAGGAGGAGGAGGAGGAGGAGGGCGGGGGUGGACGGGGAAGCAAGAGGUCAAGUUUUGUGUACAACAUGGAUGAUGAUGAGGAGACGGUGUCGAUCACUGACAGGCGUCCUCAGUCCGGCUACGAGAACGCGUACAGUGAGUGCGGCUGCUGUGAGAGAGUGGUCAUCAACGUGUCGGGUCUAAAGUUUGAGACUCAGCUGAAAACUCUCACUCAGUUCCCGGACACUCUCCUGGGAGACCCGGCCAAGAGAAUCAGGUACUUUGAUCCGCUUAGGAACGAGUACUUCUUUGAUCGGAACCGACCUAGUUUUGACGCAAUCCUGUACUAUUACCAGUCAGGGGGGAGGUUGAAAAGACCCGUCAACGUCCCCUUCGACAUCUUCUCCGAGGAGGUGAAGUUUUAUGAACUCGGGGAGGAGGCGAUUCUGAAGUUUCGGGAGGAUGAGGGUUUUGUUAAAGAGGAGGAAAAGCCUCUGCCAGAUGACGAGUUCAAGCGUCAGAUCUGGCUGCUGUUCGAGUACCCGGAGAGUUCAAGUCCGGCCAGAGGGAUAGCGGUGGUGUCUGUCCUUGUCAUUGUCAUCUCUAUUGUCAUUUUCUGCCUAGAGACGCUGCCGGAGUUCAGGGAUGAAAAGGAGUAUCUGCAGCCCCAACAUAACUCCACUCAGCCGGACCACGGCUUCACCCCCUUCAACGACCCUUUCUUCAUCGUGGAGACGGUCUGUAUCAUCUGGUUCUCGUUCGAGAUCAUAGUCCGCUUCUUUGCCAGUCCCAGCAAAACGCAAUUCUUUAAAAACAUUAUGAACUCAAUAGACAUUGUCUCCAUUUUGCCUUAUUUCAUUACUCUCGGCACUGACCUGGCGCAACACCAGGGCAACGGGCAGCAGGCGAUGAGCUUCGCCAUCCUGAGAAUAAUCCGCCUGGUCCGGGUGUUCCGCAUCUUUAAACUGUCCAGACACUCCAAGGGGCUGCAGAUUCUGGGCCACACUCUGCGGGCCAGCAUGAGGGAACUGGCGCUGCUAAUUUUCUUCCUGGUCAUCGGUGUCAUCCUGUUCUCCAGCGCCGUCUAUUUCGCCGAGGCGGACGAGCCCACUUCUCAGUUCACAAGCAUCCCAGACGCCUUCUGGUGGGCCGUGGUGACCAUGACCACGGUGGGCUACGGUGACAUGAAGCCCAUCACCGUGGGUGGGAAAAUCGUAGGCUCGCUGUGCGCCAUAGCGGGCGUCUUAACCAUUGCGCUCCCGGUGCCGGUCAUUGUUUCCAACUUCAACUACUUCUACCACAGGGAAACCGACAACGAAGACCAGUCCCCGGUGGUGGAGAGCAUGCCGCCGGGCUGUCCUUACUUUCCAGACUUUCUAAGGAAAUUUAAAGGCUCUCCCUCUGGGUCCACUCUUGGCGACAAAGCGGAAUAUAUGGAGAUGGAGGAAGGGGUCACCGAGUCGCUCUGCGGUUUGGACAAGAGUCCGAGUAAAGGAAACGGCACAGACAUAAGCAGAAAAAACAGUACUAUCUCUAAAUCCAUUCAGACUGACGUGUGAUGACAAGCAGUUAUUUUUUUAGCCUCCCCUCCCAAACACAUACUUUAUGCCCAGCAGCAGCAGCAGCAGCAGGUGGUCCCAUCUAAAGCAGGUUUUACGCACGCCAAAUACACAUGCGCGCACACAUACAACGAACAACUCCUCCAACUAUUAGAGAUAAUUAUGAACAUAUUUAAUUCGUUAAUAAUGAAUUGUUAAAAACCCAACAUGUAUGGGCUUCCGUAUCUGACAGAAAAUUCAAAUUCUAGAGUAGACAAACCUAUGCAUUAGCACUUUAUGGGUUUUCAUCUGUCAAUAACUGAGUGGAUAGGGAUGAUCCUUUGGCUGUCAUGCAAUAAAGUUUAACACAUUUGUUUGCACUAAUGUAGAAUUUUCACUGGGGAGGGCGCCAUUCUGUUUUAGAGACAAAACUGUAGGCCAUGUACAUGGUAAUGAUCCAGUCAUCCAACUUCUGAUAGGAGAACGCGUGAGCAAAAUUCAUCAAAAAGUAAGUAAAUUCUAAACCCCCUUCUCACAUGCUGCCACUGAAUAUUGGAGUUGUGAAAAAAAGUUAGGAUGCAUAAAAUUAAAGAACUGCUCAGUGAUAAUAGCUAGCAUUUACCAGUGCGUUAAACAAACCAGGGCUAGAAAUAUUUUUAUUUAUCUGUACAGAUUUUCUUGAUCCACAAGAGGCCUGAAGGGCCUUGUUUUGUUGACCCAUGGUGGAAGUUAAGCACAUGAAUCAUCAGAUCAAAAAUGGCUGGAAAAAUGACUCUCUGUGCCAGGCUUUGUUUGGACAGGCUUGGAGCCCUGGCGACAAACGUUCCCCCACUUUUAUUUGAUCACCUCAAAAUGACAAUAUCCCUUUACACAGACGCAGAUGGAAAGCUAUAGCAAAAAUGACUCUGUCGUGUUGAAAACUCCUCAGAAAGGAGUUUGUGUGUAACUGUCUCUCCUGUCUGCUGGACUUAGUGCACAAAACAUUUAUUUUUUCUUUUUGUCAAGAGGACCAUGAAUAUCUCCGAGCUCAGAGGAUCUGUCAAAUGUGGACGUCUUCCAAGGUAUGUAUUCUGCUCUUUGUGUCUUACAGCAGUGUGAUGUUAAAUGAAAUGCAGCACUAACUAUGAUAUCUCACCCUGAACUCUAGAGCCUUGUUCCAGUCCCUAUGACCAUAGAAUAAUAUAUGAUUAUAUGUGUAGUAGCGCAUGAAAUGGGAAAUGAAUGUGUUAUUUAUCAUGUGGUCAGGUAAUCUUCUCCCUCCAUGACAUCUGUGCUGUGAAUCCAACCAAAUACACUUCUUCAUCCUUUAGAGCUGCCAUUCCAUUUCUACUCUCAGUUACUGCUCCUGGAUAUUUGACCUCUUCAGUUCACAUAUAGUGUUUCACUGUAAUUUUUAUAUUUAAUUUAUUAUGAUGAUUAUUAUGAUGACCAUACAUAAACACAUAAGGAAACAGUUGAGGCAACACCUAUGGCUGUGAGUAAACAAAUAUGGCAAAACUGUGACAAAUGUGCUGUUGCGUAACAGCUUUGGUUUCAGCUGUGUGUUUUUUCACCAUUUGUCACCAUCCUUGGUCAUUUGGGUUCAUUCACUGCAUUCAUAUUCAAUGUCAGUCACUUCUUGCUUGCUUCACAGCAAAACCAGUUUGUAUUCACAGAAUCAGCUCAGAGUAUUUUUAUACACUCUCCGUCUCCUCAGAGGAACUUUACAUACAAUGAAAUAUUUUCAACACCUGCACACACACACAAACGCUACUCUCUAUAAGCCACAGUUAGCCCUUACAUAAUAUGGCUUAUGGCAAGAGGCACAAUCCAAAACAUUUUUCAAGAAAAGUGUGUGAGUCAGGCUUAUUUUUAGGCCUGUAGCUUCUGAGGUGAACUGUGAAAACAGCCUGUUUGAU